AUGUCACCAAUUUUCACGGACGAGAAGCUCGACGUGAGUCGUGUUGCAGUCAUUGGUGCUGGCCCGUGUGGUCUUGCCGCAGCCAAAUACUUGGCCGCCGAAAAGAAGUUUUCCAAAAUCGACGUCUUUGAGCAAAGGGCGACAGUAGGCGGUGUUUGGAAUCAUACUCCUCUGAAUCUUGUUGAUAGAGACUUCACAGUUCCUAGGACACAACCAACAAAGUUCCCUGACAGUGCAAUAUGGUCCGACGGUGACACGAGUGCACAAUUCGUUUCUCCGGUUUACGACUUUCUGGAGACCAACAUCCCCCAUACGUUGAUGAACUACUCCGAUCAGGAGUUUCCUGCCACCGCAUCUCUGUUUCCUAAACAUGAAGUUGUGACACAAUAUUUGCAGAAUUAUUCGGCAAGUGUCUUGGACCUCAUCACGCUUGAGACUCAAAUUCUCGGGGUGGAACGGCUCCAAAUUGAGGGUUCGAGGUGUUGGCGGCUUGACUUACUGGACUUGAAGACCAGCGAGACGAGACAUGCCUACUACGAUGCUGUGAUGGUUGCGAGCGGGCAUUACAAUGACCCCUUUAUUCCACAAAUUCCGGGGCUUGCCGAGUUCAAUAAGAUGUACCCUGGCUCUGUCUCUCAUUCAAAGUACUAUCGCAGACCGGAUAUAUACGCCGGAAAGAAAGUGGUGAUAGUGGGCAACUCUGCGUCUGGAAUUGACUUGAGUGCCCAAAUAUCCGCAGUCAGUCAACUUCCCGUGAUAGUAUCCGAGAAGGCUCAACCUGGGACGUCGUUCGAACAGCAUUCCUUGAUUAGAAUGGUCCCUGAAAUUGCUGAGUUUAUUGCUGAAGGGCGAUCGAUCACGUUCAACGAUGGGAGGAUCGAAAAGGAAGUCGACUGCGUGGUUUUCUGCACGGGUUACUUCUACUCAUUCCCCUUUCUUAAGACGCUCGAUCCGCCCGUUAUCACGGACGGGUCUUAUGCUCGGCAUCUGUACGAGCACAUCUUGUACAUCGACGAUCCGACAUUGGCAUUCCUCGGGAUCCCGCAGCGCGUGGUGCCUUUUCCUGUCUCCGAGGCUCAGAGUGCUUAUGUUGCACGAGUAUGGGCAGGCCGACUGCCAGUACCGUCGCGCUCAGGUAUGUUGGAAUGGGAGGCCGAAAGACUCGUGGAGAAGGGAGAGGGCAAAGCCAUCCACAACCUAGCAUUCCCUAAGGACGUGGAAUACAUCAACAAGCUGCACGACUUGAGCCUGUCGGCGAGGAGAGUUGACGGACUCGAGAAUCAUGGGAUGGGUAAGAUUCCUCCACAUUGGGGCGCAGACAAAGCGUGGACGAGGGAGCGCUUUCCCCUGAUAAAGAUUGCGAGCCGAGCGCUGGGAGAAAAGCGUCACGAAGUGAGGACGCUGGGAGAGCUGGGAUUCGACUAUCACGCAUGGAAGCUUGCGAAAGAUGCGGAACAGAAGCUUAUUUAA